AUGGCCUCCGCCGCUGCAGCGCCCGCCGGCACUUUCAUGCCAGGGACAAAGGUGCAGGUUGGAAGUCACCGUGUCGUCAUAGAGAAGUACCUCUCUGAGGGAGGCUUUGCGCACGUCUAUGUCGUCCGCCUCCCGCAACCCGUCGAUGACUCUGAAACUGCCGUGCUCAAGCGGGUCGCUGUUCCCGAUAAAGCGGCACUCGCGAAUAUGCGGACAGAAGUCGAGACGAUGAAGAAGCUAAAAGGGCACAGGCAUAUCGUUACCUAUAUCGACUCUCACGCUUCACAGCUACAAGGAGGCGGAUAUGAGGUGUUUUUGCUCAUGGAAUUCUGCGCCGGGGGUGGAUUAAUUGACUUCAUGAACACGAGGCUUCAGAAUCGGUUGACGGAAACCGAGGUGUUGAAGAUCUUCACAGACGUGGCGGAAGGUGUUGCUUGCAUGCAUUACCUCAAGCCUCCCCUCUUACACAGAGAUUUGAAGGUGGAGAAUGUGUUGAUUUCUCUCAACGGCUCGUCGUGUUUCUACAAGCUGUGCGAUUUUGGAUCAGCCGCCCCGCCACGCCCACCCGCUACCUCUGCUGCCGAGGGGCGCCUUAUCGAAGACGAUGUCCAGCGGCACACGACUUUGCAGUAUCGAAGCCCUGAGAUGAUUGAUGUAUACCGAAAGCACCCAAUCGACGAGAAGAGCGAUAUCUGGGCAUUAGGCGUUUUGCUAUACAAGCUUUGCUACUACACCACUCCCUUCGAAGAGGUUGGGCAGAUGGCAAUUCUAAAUGCCAGGUUCAAGUUCCCCGCAUAUCCGCAAUUUUCCGACCGGUUAAAACUGUUGAUAGCCUCCAUGUUGAAGGAACACCCUCAAAACCGCCCCAACAUCUACCAGGUUCUGCGUGAAGCUUGUCAUAUGCGAGGAAAGGAAGUCCCAGUCCGAGACAUUUAUUCCGGACGUUCGCAGUCCGAAGCGCGGCUCAACCAAAAGCUCCCAACGCCUGCCGAGACACCAAAAAUUGGUGCUGUAUUCUCCCCGCCCAUGCAGGAAACCCAGAUAAUACCUGAGAUUGCGCCGAUGAGGAGAGGGCGGCCAUCGAAACCUACUUCUGCUCAACAUUCAGCGAAACCGAGCCCCUCCCCUCUCCGAGCCGCGGCGGCUCAUGACCCAUUUGCUGCGCUUGAUGGUGGAGCCAAAUCGACGCAUCCUGACGAACUGUCCAGCAGGUUCCCAACACUGGACCAGUUUACCCUAAUUCAUGAGAAAAGCGGGAAAUUCGACUUCGAGCCCGCGGUGGCUGCUGACCAAAACGCCCCGACAGAAGACCUUUCCAAAAGAAUUACCAAUGCUCUUGCAGACGAUGCGUUUGUCAAGCCCGCUACUGUUCCUCCUUCCCGGAGUCCCGCACUGGCAGCACAGCCUGCAAAACCCCCGCGCCCGCUCACCGAGGAGAAAACGACUCAAGCCAACAUUCGCCCAUCUCAACAAGCACCAAUCUAUCAGCCUGUUCCUCAAAAACCAGCCAUGGUAUCCACCGGUACUAUGACAUCCCCAUCUCCACCACUACGACCUUCCGAUCAUACACCUCUUCCUUCUCGACCCACGAAUAGGCUACUAGAAGGGUCGCAUAUUAAACGCCAAUCAUGGGACCAUGGACUCAAUAUAUUGAACAAAUCGCGCGAGUUAUUGGGCCGGCGAUCCUCAAAAAAUCUAUCAUCAGAAGACCUUCCCAGAUCACCAGUGUCCUCACGUCCAUCCUUAGAAGGGUCGCGUCCAUCCGCGCUUGAUAUCAACGAGUCGUUGACCACUCGUUCUAAAUCCGCCAAUGCGAAAUCCCGGCCCUCUAGUGCAUAUAUCGGGUCUAAAGUUGAGUAUUUGCGAGACCGGGAUGGUUCUUCCUCCAAUUCUUAUGAUUCUGGCUCUCCACGGGAACCAAAUGAUGAUUCUGAGCUGUUGCGCCCGGUAAGGUCGGAAACAGACCGUAACAUUUCAUCUGACGUCGGCUACUUACGAGCGAAGGAGGAGGAAGAGCUGAGUCGAAAACAAGAAAAGCGUCUCAGCUCGGGAUCCAAACACAUUAAGCGAUCGAGUUUAUCAUCGUUAUCUCUAUCCGGGACCAAGACAUUAUUAGCUGGUCGUUUCGGGGAUGCAUUCCGUCGAUUUGAAAACAAUGCGUCUCAGGAACUUAAAAGCCCAUCUCUGGAAGACAGAAAUGCCGAGCUUAGUCCCAUUAUAGGAUCGGAGGUUGCCGAUAUGAGUGAUGAUGGUCGAGGAUUUAAUGAAGAGGACUUGUCACCUGAGACACGCCGGGAGCUUGAACGACGCCGAUUGUCCGAAGAAGAAAAGCGAGUGGCCGAUGCUGCAGCGGAAUAUCGACAGCGAGUGAGCGAGAAAGGAGGCCUGGGUGGGGCAGCCGAAGGGCCCAGGUCAUCAACAAUACAGAAUAAGGUCCAGUCUCUCUUCAAAGACACCUCCAAACCCUCGGUCAGAACUGCUUCGGGCUAUGUCGCCCUUCCCAGCCCGUCAUGGCCCCCGCCCGGCUGCACCUCCAAAGCCAAAGAGUUUACGAAGCCACGCUGA